AUGUACAAUCGACCGCGACCCAAAGGGAUGCAAUACAUCUCUCUUGACCCGAUUGCGCUGGCUCUGGACUACGAGGGCUCGGAUACUCGCCACACGAAGAUAGCCGGCCCAGACAGUGCGGAGGAAAAGCAGGAGAGGCAAGCGCAGGAACAGAGACAAAAGCUUGUUGAGAAGCUGAAACAACACACGAUCGUCAAGAGGAUACCCUCAGCGCGGGACAAGGCGCUCUCCAAGAUCGUCAAUCAGGUCAAUUGGUCUUGGGAGCUGGAGCAGACUUUGCAGAAGAACGUAGGCCGUCUUGGGCCAAGACCGAAGCGCAGCUUGAGCGUUUCACAGCAAGUUGUGGAAUCGGCCGCGACAAUGCGCAAUUAUGUGUUGCAGCAGCUUCUCGAAAUAUUCACACUCUAUCUGUUCCCCACGAUUCGGCAGAUCUUUGUCAUUCUCCUGACGCUGCACCGUCUGGUUGCCGAGGCCUUGCUCGUUCUCCUGGAAUUCCGGACCAAGCCUGGACGUCCAGCACUCAAGGAUGUAUCCGCGACGGCCCAACAGAUUGAGAUCCGGCUACAACAAUUCUGCUACUGGCCAAUGCAGUACGUCAAGCUUCGAGAACGAAAAAGUAAUUGGGCGAGCAUCAACACGAGCCAUCCUGACUACAUUCGCUUCUACAAUAGCUUGUGGCUCGUCGCCAACGACGUCAUCAUAGGACUGGCGCUCGGAUCCUACAUUAUAGAUCAUGCGGAUUUCGUGGCGUCGGCUGUGGAAGGUCUGCUCAAGACUUACACAGUGGAUGCUUUACAAAGCAGCAUAUUGUGGCUGACAGGCUGGCCUGCUGGUUUGAAGCUGAACGACGAAUUGGCGGCUUUCCUUGGCGAUCUGUUUCUCUGGGUCAUUGACUACUGGGCUGACUGCGUCGAGACUUUGGGUCCCUUGUUGCCCAAGAUCGUCUGGUUCAUCGGCUUCUCUUCGUUCGCUGGCGCCAGCAUGCCGAUUGCCAUGGUGUCUGACAUGCUGUCCGCCUUGACAGUUCAUAUCUAUUCCUUCUACCUCGCCUCCGCUCGCAUCUAUCAUUGGCAGCUUAUCAUACUGCAAUCGCUCUUCCACCUCUUUCGCGGUAAGAAGCACAACGUCUUACGCAACCGCAUUGAUUCUUGCGACUACGACUUGGACCAACUCCUUGUCGGCACCAUCUUGUUCACACUGCUCUUCUUCCUGCUGCCGACCGUGGUUGUUUUUUACCUGAACUUCGCGGUUGCGCGAAUGAUCAUCAUAUCAUUGAAGGCUGUGUUUGACACGAUGCUAUCUUGUUUGAAUCAUUUCCCCUUGUUUGCACUAAUGCUUCGCCUCAAAGACCCGCGUCGUCUGCCGGGAGGCAUUCGCUUCGAACUUCGAGAUACCCUUGUCGCAACAACCACGACCGGGACGGCGACUGAACCCCCGACGUCGGUCAUAUAUCUCAAGUCCGUCCCAUUGUCCUUCACAGCCAUGUUCAACCAGUACUUCCAGAUGGCGCACCGCAUUCGAAAGCACUAUUUGUCACCUAGUGUUCUGCUUUGCCUUUUGACAGGGCGGUUUGUUCCGCCAAUCGACCGACGCAACCUGUACAGCCUUCAGUAUAGCAUGCUGCCUGCGAAGAGAGCUACCGUGGGCGAGAUGUGGAAAGCCCUCAAAGUGGAGAAGAAGACACCUAUCGCAACGCAGUAUCCAGUGCUUCCAAAGCUGCCAACUCUACCUAGCAAAAGGAUGGCUUACAUCACGAACGUCUGGUAUGCCAAUGGCAACAACAAGUCUUUGAGCGUCAAUUGGUCAAAGCACUUCAAGAGCAGGGGGAACAACUUGACUUGA